AUGGAAGGAAACUACAGUAAGCUUGUUACGGUUCCGGUUGCCUUAAAAGGUGUAGGAAACUACUUGUUGUGGUCUCGGCUGGUGAAGACUGCUAUUGGGAGGCUAGGGUUGUGGAACCACAUCACGGAUGAUGGUCCAGAGCCAGUGGCCAAAGGGAAUGAGGAAGCUGAGGGUGGAAAAGUACUCACUGAAGCUGAGGUGAAGAAGAAAUGGGUUCAAGAAGAUCUGAUGGUGCUGUCCGUGCUACACAGUUCUAUUGAAGUCCCUUUGCUUGAAGCCUACAUCUUCUGUGAGACACCUAUGCACCUAUGGGAGACGCUCCAGAAGACAUUUGGAGAUGUCUCAAACCUUAACCGUGUGUUUGAGUUGAAGAAAGCCAUCACCUCCUUGAUGCAAGGUGGUGUGGAGCUUACUACACACAUUGGGAAGUUCAGAGCUCUUUGGUCUGAGCUGGACAACCUGCGCCCAAGCACCAGUGAUCAAGAGAUCAUCAUGGAGAGGAGAGAGCAGGAUCAAGUGUUUGGGUUGUUGAUGACCUUAGACGUGUGCUACCAGGAUGUCGUAAAGCACAUGCUGAGAUCGCCAAGCCUACCAACAAUGGAGGAGGUGUGCUCUCAACUGCAAAAGGAGGAAGGCUCUCUAGGCUUGUUUGGAGGAAAGGGGGAGCUACCUAUGGCUCAUCAGGCUGAGGAUGUGCAAGCAAACAAGGCGGGUUACAAGAAUGAUGGAAGGAACAAAUUCAACAAGGAGAGAGAAGCCAGAGCUCACAUGUCCACCGAGACAAGCAGUGGCAGUGCAUCCGGGGCUGGUACAUCCUCACAAGUGAAUGAGAGUGAAGGGCGAGCUCUCUCUUCUCACCACUCAGGAGGAAAGAACCUAGAGCAUGAGGUGAUCAGGAAGUCAGACAUAGAUGCACUCAUCAAAGCUCUUAAAGAGUCUGGUAACAAACUAAGACCCAAUACUCUUGGUUAUUCUUUUGCUGCUCAUACUAUGUCUAGUAGAACUGAUAGGUUGCUAGACAUACUAGAGAGUCCCUUGAUUGGUAAAACUGAACAUAGCAUUGCUAAUAAACUCUUAGGAGUACUUGAGAACUUAAAAAUUAACAAUGAUCAUCCUAGAAGUCAUCUAGCUAAGGAUAUACAUAAACCUUUGAUCAUUGAUUCUGGUGCAUCUCAUCACAUGAUUAGUGAUAACAGGUUGAAACUGUUUAAUAAAGAGUCUAAUGCAUUCUACAUGCCUGAAUUUACUUCAAACUUGUUAUCUGUCAAGAGAUGCACUACUGAUCUUGAUUGCAAUGUUAUUUUUAGUCCUAAUUGUUAA